AUGGGAAAUACUCCAGGUGGUAUGAAUAAUCCAUAUGGAUUUUUAGGAAAAAAAGAUGAUAAGGAUAAAGGUAAAGAGAAAGAUAAGGAAAAGAAAAAGCUAGAAAGUGUUCCAAUAUCUCAUAUGGGAAAGAAAAAGAAAAAAAACAAAGGAACAUCAGGUCAUUCCAAAUUACCAAAUGUGACACCUAAUACAAAAUGUAGAUUAAAAUUAUUAAAAUUAGAAAGGAUAAAAGAUUAUUUAUUAUUAGAAGAAGAAUAUAUAACAAAUCAAGAACAGAUUAAAAGUAGUGAUGAUAAGAAUUAUGUGAAAUUAAAAAUUGAUGAUUUAAGAGGAUCACCUAUGAGUGUAGGUACCUUAGAAGAAUUAAUAGAUGAAAAUCAUGGUAUUAUAGCUACAUCUGUUGGUCCAGAAUAUUAUGUAAAUAUAUUAUCAUUUGUUGAUAAAGAUUUAUUAGAACCUGGUUGUUCAGUUUUAUUAAAUAAUAAAACAAAUAGUGUAGUUGGAAUAUUAUUAGAUGAAGUUGAUCCUUUAGUAUCAGUUAUGAAAGUAGAAAAAGCUCCAUUAGAAUCUUAUGCAGAUAUUGGUGGAUUAGAAUCACAAAUACAAGAAAUAAAAGAAGCUGUUGAAUUGCCCUUGACACAUCCAGAACUUUAUGAAGAUAUAGGUAUUAAACCACCUAAGGGUGUUAUCUUAUAUGGUCCACCUGGUACUGGAAAAACGUUAUUAGCUAAAGCUGUAGCUAAUGAAACAUCUGCUACAUUUUUAAGAGUUGUAGGUUCUGAAUUAAUACAAAAAUAUUUAGGUGAUGGUCCAAAAUUAGUUAGAGAAAUGUUUAAAGUUGCAGAAGAACAUGCACCUUCUAUUGUUUUUAUUGAUGAAAUUGAUGCUGUAGGUACCAAAAGAUAUGAAGCUACAAGUGGAGGUGAAAGAGAAAUUCAAAGAACUAUGUUAGAACUAUUAAACCAGUUAGAUGGUUUUGAUUCUAGAGGUGAUGUUAAAGUUAUUAUGGCUACAAAUAGAAUAGAUUCAUUAGAUCCUGCACUCAUUCGACCAGGUAGAAUUGAUAGAAAAAUACAAUUACCUAAUCCAGAUACCAAAACCAAAAGAAGAAUCUUUCAAAUUCAUACAAGUAAAAUGACUAUGUCUCCAGAUGUAGAUUUAGAAGAAUUUGUUAUGUCAAAAGAUGAAUUAUCAGGUGCUGAUAUAAAAGCCAUAUGUACAGAAGCAGGUCUCUUAGCUCUUAGAGAAAGACGAAUGAAAAUAACUCAAGCGGAUUUACGUAAGGCAAGAGAUAAAGCAUUAUUCCAAAAGAAAGGAAACAUACCCGAAGGUUUAUACUUAUAA